UAUCUAUCGAAAUGAAAAAUACGAUAUUUUCAGAUAAUAACGGACAAGAAUGGGAGUGUCUCCCUCCUUAAAAUGUUCUUUGUCGCGCUUUAUGCCAAUCUAUUGUUACUACAUUUAUAUAUGUAUUGCUACUCAGCUGAGAAACUUAUAACAGAGAGUACCGGCAUAGCAUACAGUGUGUACGAAUGCAAAUGGUACGAUCUACCAACGAAAUACGCAAAAGAUUUAAUGUUAAUCGUCUAUCGAUCUAUGAUUCCACUCAGAUUGACAGCUGGGAAAUUCAAUACGUUUUCGAUUGAGUUGUUUGGAUCGGUAAGAUAUCUGCGAAAAGAAUACACAAUUUCCUAUUCAAUUUUUAUACAAAGAUUCCUAUUUUAUUAUAUUAUAAAAUAGAUAAUAUUUAUAAUUAUAAUAUUUAUAAUUAUAUA